GAUUUGAAGAUGCUAAAAUCAUGUCUGAUGAAGUAUCAAAAUUAACUGGAAAACCAUCUAGUACAUUGGUGAUGUCAACAGGUGUUAUUGGCCAAAAUUUACCAAUUGAUAAAAUCACAAAAGGAAUCCAUCAAGUUUAUCAACAAGCAACUACUGAAACUCAUGAUGGUUGGAUGGAGGCAGCUGAAAUCUUUCAUGACAACUGA